ACUAAUAAAGAAGUGGAUGCGCACAACUCUGCAACACUGGCUCUGCUCCAUACUCAUAUCAUUGACAUCCAUGCAGAUGAUUAUAGAAAAGAUCCUAGAACUGGCAGAAUGGCACUACAAGACAGACCAUUGAAAGGAGGUAAAAACGAGUUACCAGAUACACUGAAAGUUGCAGAAGGAGCUCGUGUCAUGCUCACCAGAAACAUUGACAUACAAAAUGGUUUGGUUAAUGGAGCUUUUGGAAAACUACUUAGAGUAGUUUACUCUGAAAAUGACCAACACAUCAUCAAGCUUGGACUUAAAAUGGAUAAUGAGACAUCUGGAAAGAAUAACCGAACACCAGCAGACGACAUGGUGUACAUUGAGAGAGCAGAAGAGAAUCUAAAGCAGAAAGGAGUGGUACGAAGACAGUUCCCAGUGAAGCUGGCCUUUGCAUGUACAAUACAUAAGGUACAGGGAAUGACAACCACAUCAGCUGUUGUCUCUCUUAAGAGCAUUUUUGAGCCCGGCAUGGCCUACGUAGCUGUCAGUAGAGUGACGUCUCUCAGUGGACUGUAUCUUCUUGAUAUGGAGGAGAAAAAAAUAUUCACCAAUCCAGAAAUCACUGCAGCGCUUGAGAACAUGAGACAAGCCAACCUUGAUGACAUGAUGCCUCUUCUACACGUGAUACAAACACUGAGCAGGUUGAAGCACCAGUCAGUGCUCUGA